UAUAAAGUUAAGUUUUAGAAAUCUGCUCACUUCUAAAAUACUACAAAUUUUCGUGUUCGACUGGAAUAUUUUUGAAGCAAUAACCAUGUUUUCAAGAUAUUUCGACAUAUCCAUGCCAAUAUUAUUUGCAUUAUKGUGUUAUUUUCUACAGGUUUCMUWUCUACUAACGAUGAACAGAUGACGGGAAAUUAUGGACUUAAAGAUCAGAAAUUAGCACUACAAUGGGUUMARAAGUACAUUUCGGCUUUUGGCGGUGAUCCCGAACGAGUGACUAUUUUCGGUCAUAGUGCUGGCGCUGCAUCAGUCCAUUUACACUUAAUGAAUAACAAUGAAGAGGGUCUAUUCAAUAACGCUAUUAUGAUGAGUGGCGCCGCAAACUCACCAUUCGCUUUGCCAUUAAACGAUCCUAGAGACCAAGUGGUUCAAUUGGCUAAAGCUGCUGGUGUAAGAGAAGCUGAAUAUCUAAGUUCCGCUGGCCUAGUUCACGCGUUGCGAUCGAUCAAACCGAAAACCUUGCUGCGAGCUAUUGAUGAUCUUAAAAUUUGGCCUGAGCAACCACUUGCAAUUUUCCGUCCGAAUGUUGAAGAUAAGUGCUGGCGUGGUGCAUUUUUAACAAACAACCCAAGAGAACCAUACGUACCGUUUGGAACGGCCAAUAAUAUAUCUUGGAUCGUUGGUAAUGCACCUGCCAAAGGUGAGGGUUUGGCUAUGGCACUUCGAUUGACAACCAAUAAGAAAUUGCGGAAAGAGUUCAAUAAAGAGUUUAGCAAAAGAUUGAGCAUUAUGCUGGACUUACCUUUUGUUUGCGACACAGAAGAUGUGAUAGAAUCAUUGGUAACCGAGUAUAUGGAUGGUAAACGCGAAUUAAAKGAUGAAACAUUGGAUGGCUUUUUGGAGCUUUUGGGAGACGCCUAUUUUGUAUACCCAACUUACAGGCUUUUAAGUUAUAAUGUCGAUUCUAACCGCACUGAUUUUAGAGGAAUAAUAAAUUUUGAUUAUCGCGGACCCUAUUCAUAUUCGAAAAUAUUUACAAAUAGCUUAAAAGAUUUUGGCACAGCACACGUUGAUGAUUCGCUGUUUCUGUUUGAAGGACCACGCGGAGUAUCGUAUGGUUAUUUAAAGAAGUCUCGUGAGGCAGCGUUGGUUAGACGCUAUGUGAGGUUAUAUCAGUCUUUUGCCGAAAAUGGUUAUUCAGAUGAAUUUGCUGGCAUCGAAGAAUGUAAUGAAAUAAAUUUUCCGAAUUGUGCAUCUUUGUCGAUUGCAAAGAAGGAGGAACCAUUCGAAUCUGGUAUACCUUGGAAUAAUGAUCGAAUGGCAUUUUGGGAAAACCUAUAUGAAAUUUGCCGGCUUUGAAUGCAUAUAUAUACAUAUUUUUUAUGUUUUGUAUAUAUGUACAUAUAUAUACUUUCUUAUUGCAAUAAAGCCGAAAAUAAAGUCAUACUAACACUUGACUUAGUUAAA